AUGAACAUGGCUGGUGUGUUCUCGAAUAACGGGCAUUAUGGACCGGAUUUUCUGUUAUCGUUGGUCAGCUCUUUAGCGGCACGAAACGCCGCCACACCACCUGAAGGUGACACCCAAGAGACACAUUCGGAAGGUUCCGAGACUCCGGAUGACGUCUCGUCGGUGGUGUCAACACCAAGCGAAGGAGCGCCACCCGCGAAACGGCGCCGAAAACCCGACGCCAAGGAUAUCGUUCGUGUCGUCGAGGACAGCGUGCAGGACGAGGAGUGCAGUGGUCAUUCCGAGAGUGCCGUCCCAUCAGAUGACGUCACCAUGGCAUCUGAAUCGCAGACCGACGAGCACGAACUGGCCAAAAACGACGAAGAGGAGCCAAAGAAGUUCGAAAUGAGCUUUGUGUCACCGAGUAAAGUCGAACCAGAAAUGCUAUGCAUGUCUAUCGAUGGACGCAUAGCUCCAACGGACAAAGACGACGGUCUGCCGGCUGUUGAAGUAACAACGAGUUCGCCGCCGAAAACUCCCGUCUCCUCGUCACUGCCACCAUCCGGAUCGGCCAGUCCCAGUAUGGGCACCCCAUCAAUGCCAUCACCAAGUGUGAAUUGGAGUGCUCGUCGAGGUAAGACUGAAGUCCAUUUGGCUUACUGGAUCACGCAACCGCGCUCAGUUGUUCUAGAAGGCAAAUUGGCAUGUCCGACGCCUGGAUGUGACGCAAGUGGCCCAUCAACCGGCCUCACACCCCAAUCCAUCGAGUCUGUCCGGUUGCCCCACACGCCUGAAGAUACCGUACUCAGAUGUACGACACCUGGUUGUACUGGGAAAGGUCAUGUGAACAGCAAUCGCACGUCACAUCGAAGUCUUUCCGGAUGUCCGAUAGCCUAUCAGCAGAAACUCAGCCGGAAGGGCGUCAAGCCCGCCCGCGCCAGUAACGGAAGUCCUCAUGGUCUAGAGGAAUCACCGUUGGAUCUCACCCUACGCAAUCUAGAUCAGCAACAUAUGCCGCCUAUGCCACUUAUGCCACAGUAA